AUGGGGUCGCAACAGCAUCCCCGUGACCUGAAAAUUGGGCCCCCGCUACUAUACACGGAUGAUAUCGAAGCCUCCAAACUGGAGUAUGCCCAGGCUCUGGACGUCCAGGAUCCUCUACGGAAUUUCCGAGAUGAAUUCAUUAUUCCUUCUGUAAAGGAUCUACAGAGGAAAAAACUCGCAGUCGCACAAGGCCACGAUGAAAGUUCCGAUGCCCGAUGUAUUUACUUCUGUGGCAAUUCUCUGGGUGUUCAACCUCGGAAGACUCGACAUUAUAUCGAGCAGUAUCUACGAACUUGGGCAACAAAAGGCGUGACCGGCCAUUUUGUUCCUCACGACGACGAGUUGCUUCCCCCCUUCGUCGACGUAGAUACAGCUGGCGCUAAGCUCAUGGCACCAGUUGUGGGGGCAUUGCAAAGUGAGGUAGCUGUCAUGGGCACAUUAACUGCCAAUUUGCAUCUUCUAAUGGCGAGCUUCUAUCAACCAACCAAAGAGAAAUACAAGAUAAUUCUAGAAGGCAAAGCCUUCCCCAGUGAUCACUAUGCCAUCGAGUCUCAAAUCCGACACCAUAACUUGAACAUUCAAGACGCCAUGGUCCUGAUUGAGCCCGAGGAUGUGACCCGCCCCAUCUUGAGCACAGAGCAGAUCCUGAAAGUGAUUGAUGACAAUGCGUCCAGCACUGCAUUGAUCCUUCUCUCAGCGAUCCAGUUCUAUACCGGACAAUAUUUUGAUAUCGAACGGAUCACCGCACAUGCCCAUUCCAAGGGCAUUGUAAUUGGCUGGGACUGUGCACACGCGGCUGGAAAUGUGGACCUUCGUUUGCAUGACUGGAAUGUUGAUUUUGCAGCCUGGUGCACAUACAAGUAUAUCAACAGUGGACCCGGUGGCAUGGCAGGCUUGUUCGUUCACGAACGUCAUGGCCGUGUCGAUGAAAAGCAGCGUGGGAGUGAAGAGACUUUCCGUCCUCGCUUCUCUGGGUGGUGGGGUGGAGAUAUCAAAACACGAUUCAACAUGGACAACAAAUUCGUUCCUCAGCCCGGUGCUGCUGGCUUCCAGCUUUCAAACCCAUCUGUUCUGGAUAUGAAUGCAGUCAUCGCCUCCCUCGAGAUCUUUAACCAAGCGACUAUGGAGGAAAUCCGGAAAAAGUCUCUCAGCAUUACAGGCUAUUUGGAGCAUCUACUCCUAGCAUGCCCACCAAAUGGUUCUCCAGAAGACAAUCCCUUCACGCUCAUCACGCCAUCAAAUCCGGCUGAGAGAGGUGCUCAAUUGAGUUUGAGGCUCAAGCCCGGACUGUUGGACAAAGUUCUCCACCACUUAGAAGAAAACGGCGUGGUGAUUGACGAGCGAAAGCCAGAUGUUAUCCGUGUAGCGCCUGCACCGUUGUACAACACAUACACUGAAGUGUGGCAGUUCUGUCAGAUAUUCAUUGAGGCGUGUCAGAAGGCCGUCAAAUGUCAAUAA